CGAGUUCACGCGGAAGAAGCAGGACGAACCGAAAUCUUUCAUUUAUGCUUAUUUUAAUAUUUUUUUUUUUUUUGAAAACGUGUGACCCCUUCCCAUGAACUCCUGAUGCGCAUGUUCUUAGAGUGAUACUCCGAACCGGUCAUUAAGUUUCCUUUAAAACAUGUGAGAACGUGUCAAUGUUAUCUGAUUUUCAUAUCUGGGCUUCUUAGAAGCCUCCUAAAAGCCCAAUAGGCUUUACGUAAUAAGAAACCAGACAAGAAAAAGAACUAAAACCACUCAGACCGUGUAGUAAAAGUAUAUAAACCCUACGAGCUCCCCUCUCUCUCGAGUUGAAUCAAGACAGUCAUGGGAUCACUAAAGAGGAAAUCAUCAUGGAGCUCGAAAACCCUAGCUAAGUCAAAGAAGAGGAAAGGUCCUCACUUGCCCAACUCAAUACUCAAGAUGAUCGCGACUCAUAAACGUCCCUUGAACUCCGAUGACAAUGAGAUCUAUUCCGACCUCGAAUUGUACGAGUACGAAGAAGGCAUCCCUGAAGAGGAAUCCAGAAAAAACAACCGCUACGGCCGUCUCGAUAGCUACGAAUUCAAACUUCCUGAUGAUUUUGAGGAUGAAGACGUGGAGUCAGAAGAUGAUGAAGAUUGUGUGAACAGUGAGUAUGAUGAUGAGGAGGAUAGACACACCCGGAUGUUGCAAGCACUCACUGGGAUGCCUAGUGCAGCUUUUAAUAGUGAGAGUAAGAGCAAACCUCUGCUCUUCACUGAACCUUAUCCAGAAGGUGAAUUCAAUCCCACACGUGACGUUCUCUCGGGUAAAAACAUCCUCACGGAGGAAGACUUCUUGGCCCCUCUUGAAGGGCAUCACAAGACAAGCAAACAAAUCUCCAGGAUGAGGAAAGAUACUUACAAGUCCGUUGUUCACCCCCCUCUGCCAAAGCCAGAACGUGAAAGACUGGAACGUAAAGCAGCGAGAGGACUAGUUGAUGAGGAGUUUAGCAAGUGGGUGCAUCUGGUGAAAAGGAACAGGGAGGCGCCAACUGUUUACUUUAGCCAAGAAGUCGUCAAUCUUGGAAAGUCUACGGUCGGUGCAAUAGCAUCGGAGUUUCAACCGAGGACUGAGUUUGAGAUGAGAAUGGCUUCUGUGCUUAAUGAUAAUGAGGUCUCAGAGGCUCAUAGAGAAGAUGGAGCUCGGCUUCUUGAAUUGAACCAGGCAAGUUCUGUUAUCUACCUCAUUCCAUGUAGUGUUGGGUUCGCGGGUCAACCCGACCGCCCUGGACCCUUUCCAAUGAUGCAGGUUUCUAUGGAAGACCACAUAAAGGACCAUAGCCACAUUGCCAAGUGGGAGAACUCUGGUGGAGCAGUAAAGCCUAAAAAAACAAUUAGUGUUAGUGGUGGAAGAGUGUUUGGUGCAACCGAAGCUCCAAAAGAGUCUAAAAAGGAUUCAGAUAACUUCUAUGACAACAAUAGUGAUAGUGACAUAGACGAUAAUGACUUAGAGGAUGUAAGAGAUGUUGCCUCACCUGCUAGAAGAAACAAUGGAACCAUUCUCAUUUCAGGAUAUGAAGAAAGUGAAAAUUCAGAGAGUGAAGCAGAGCAAAUGGUGGACGGGCUCUUUGAAGUUCCUAGUCAAGCAGAGCUUAUAAACCGUGCUUUUGCUGGUGAUGAUGUGGUAGGUGAGUUUGAGAAGGAGAAGCAAGAGGUUCUAAAUCAGGAAGUUCCUGAACCGGAAAAGCCGGUUCUGCUUCCUGGUUGGGGACAACCAUGGCCUACCAAUAAGAGAGGUUAUCAUCAGAUCAAAACAACAAGGAAAGAAGAAGAUGCUCAGAGAAAGAGAGAGGAAGCUCUCAAAACAAGGAAAGACUUUCGUCUUAAACAUGUUAUCAUAUCAGAGAAGGUUGAUAAAAAGGCUGAGAAACUUCAUACAGUGACUCCACCUUUCCCUUUUACAUCAAAGGAAGUUUUCGAACAUAGUAUGCGUAUGCCUAUAGGACCCGAGUUUAAUCCCUCUACUGUUGUUGGAGAUCUAAACCGUCCAGAGAUUGUGAAGAAGACUGGAGUCAUAAUCAAACCGGUGAAGUUUGAAGAAGUAAAUCCAAAUGAGGAAGUAUAUGAUGAACACCCUCGAAACCAUCAGAAACCAAGACUCAAUAAGAAAACUAGUAGACGCUAAAGCAAAGUCAAGUAAAAGAUAAAAGCUCCAAAGAUUGUUCCAUUUCUUAUACUUUAUUUAGAAACAUUUGUUGAUCCCAUGGGAUGAGUUUUGCCUUUGUACCUUGUCUUAUUUUAUAAAAUAUUGACAUUUUGCUGUUUAUUUCAAAUCCUUGGUCAUCUCCAUCUUCUUCCACCCUCUCAAACUCUUGUCUCCAUUUCUCCAUCUGUAAGGUUUUAAUUAGUUCAGAGAAAAGGUUGUCUCCACCCUCUCAAACUCUUGUCUCCAUGUCCUAGAUCCCAAGAUUAAUUAAUUACCUUAAUUAAUUACCUCGUGCUCCUCUUCCUCCAUCGCCUCUCUCUCUCUCUCCGUCAGGGCACGCACUUUUUUAGCCGAUUUGGAUAGUGUGACACGUAAUCAUCGUCGUAUCCGGCCCAUUUAUAAUUUCUUAAUGGGCCUUUUACACCUUUUCGUUAAUUAUUAUUAGUAUUUGCUAUUUUGAAAUUGCAUAAUCAAUCUGUCAAAUCUCAAGUCAUCAGAAUAUUAAA